AUGGAUGAGAGAAUACGAGGAGGAGGAAGACGGAGGGUGAAACGCGGCCACGUGCCGCGGGUCUCGGCAGGGCAGCGUGGGACCCGGCGACUCCAGUUCGAUUCCCGCUCACUGCCCCAACAUUGGCAGCGUCUCUUUCGAGGGAAGAAGAUUUUACAGGACCAUGACAUCGUGGUGGAACAGGCCGAGUUUGGAGACAUCGGGUUGGUGGCGCAGUCCGGGGAGCCGUGCGUCGUCACCGUGAGACAAAGCCACAACCUCCGGCAGCCGAGCAGGUCGUUUGUGCCGGAUUUUGUCCUCAUUCGGCAGCACGUGUGCGACGGUGGGCGGGGCCAGGAUUUCCGUUCGCUGCUGAUUGGCCUGCAGUUUGGGGGUGUGGCCUCGCUCAACUCCCUCUCGUCCAUCUACCACUUCUGUGACCGGCCCUGGGUGUUUGCUCAGCUGAUCGGGGUGAGGAGAAAGUUGGGGGGAGAAGCGUUUCCUCUCAUCACCCAGGCCUUCUACCCGGACCACAGGGCCAUGGUGAGCACUCAGGAGCUACCGGCGGUGGUGAAGAUGGGACACACACACGGCGGCCUCGGCAAGGUGAGAGCGGAGAGCCACGGGGGGUUACAGGAGCUGCCGGGGCUGCUGUCGCUGGUGCGUGCGUACGCCACCACCGAACCGUACCUGGAGGCCAAGUACGACGUGCUGGUCUACAAGAUCGGGGCGGCCUACCGUGCGUUCAUGAGGACAUCCAUGUCUGGCAGCUGGAAAUCCAACACGGGCUCCGCCAUGGUCCAGCAGAUCGCGAUGACGGACAGGUACCGCGUGUGGGUGGACGCGUGCGCCCAGCUGUUUGGCGGGCUGCACGUGUGCGCCGUCAAGGCGGUGCACGCCAAGGACGGCCGCGACUACAUCAUCGACGUGAUGGACGGCUCGGUGCCGCUGGUCGGGGAGACGCGGGAAGAGGACGAGCGACUCAUCGCGCAGCUCGUCACCUCCUCCUGGGAGGCCCUGCUAACCCACCAGCGCGCGCACGCACAGGGCAGCACCACAGACGGCCCGGACAACCCCAAGCCUCCGGCCCAGGGCUGCCUGCAGUACAUCCUGGACUGUAACGGAUCACAGGGCACGACUGAGACUGACAAGGCCGGGCAGCAGCAGCAGCAGCAGCGAGUACAGGCAGCCCAGCCACAACCCUCGGGCCAGACGCCACCAAAACCACAGCCACAGCCUGUUCUGCCACAACAGAAGCAACAGUAUCAGGUGGGUCAGCCACAACCCAAGCCACAACAACAACCGGGGCAGCCACAACCCAAGCCACAACAACAGCCGGGGCAGCCACAACCGAAGCCACAGCCUGGGCAGCCACAACCUAAACAACAACAGCUUGGGCAACCGCAACUCAAGCCACAACAACAGCCAGGCCAGCCACAACAGAAACCACAAACACAACUGGGGCAGCCACAACAACAACCUGGGCAACCACAACUCAAACUACAACAACCUGGGCAGCCACAACCGAAAGCACAACCGCAACCUGUCCAGCCACAACCAAAGCCACAGUCAUCACCCCCUGCACAACCACAGCCACAGGCACAAGCUCCACCGCAGCAACAACCUGGGCCGCCACAACCGAAACCACAACCCGCUCAGGCACAGCCUAAACUACAGCCCGUGGGUCACUCUGCACAGCCGCUAGCCAGACCGGUGGUCGUACAGCAGCAGAGGCCGCAAGACGGGGCCCGCCCCGAGCCCCCCCAGGCCCGGGCCCCGGGACAGGCGGCCCAGAAGUGGAAGGCGGUGGGGGGCGCGGGAGCCGCGGGGGGGCCGCCCGCGACGGCGGCGGCGUCCUCCGGUGGGGGCCGGGCCCCCCAUCCUAGGACCCAGGGGGAGGGGUCGAGCCCCCCGCCCCAAGCCGCGCAAUCGAGCGGCGCUCCCCCGCCAUCCGGGGCGGCACAGGCCCCCCACGGGCCGCAGGGCGAAGGGGGGCCGGCGGCUCGACGGGCGGCCGGCGGAGGGCAACGCCAGACGGCGCCGCCGCAGCCGACGGGGGGGACGCCGCAGCAGCGGCAGCAGCAGCAGCAGGCGCAAGCCACCGGGUCCACCUCCGGUGAGGAGGCGAGCGACCCCAACGUGAGCCAGCGCUUCGUGGGCGAUGGCGCUCCAUCCGAGAAGCAGAUGGCGCUGCACCAACAGCCGCCGCAGCCGCAGCAACAGCAGCAGCAGCAACAGCAACAGCAGCAGCAGCAGCAACAGCAGCAGCAGCAGCAACAGCAACAGCAGCAGCAGCCAUAUCAGAAGCAGCAGCAGCAGGUGGUAGGGUUGGCUGGAGGGCAGCAGGGCAGCCGUACAGCACCAGCCGUGGGUCAGAGGUCACGCACGCAGUCCCACUCGGAGCAGGCAGGGUCACCCGUUCCGCAGUGGAGUGGGGUGAGACAAGGGUCGGCGCCCAGGCCAGUGCCGGGGUCGGCACCCGAAUCAGCGCCGGGAUCGGCGCCGGGAUCGGCGCCGGGAUCGGCGCCGGGGUCAGGCCCGGGGUCGCCCCAGCACCAGAGGUCGGCGGCUGGACCCGGCUCGCCACAGCAGGGGAAAGCUCGCAGCCGGUCAGUGCAGGGUGCGGCGCAGGCGGACGUGGCCGCGCCGGCACCACCAUCGCCACAGAAGCAGCGAGUGGAGAGCACGGGCUCGGACAGACGCGGCGAUCUCAUCAGGGCACCCUCCCCACAGCAGCAGCAGCCACCGGUCCCACAAGCAAAACUACAGCAGCAGCAGCAGCAGCCUCAGGCACAGGCACAGGGGCGGCCGACCUGGGUGUCACAGGAAUCGGGGAGCCGCGGCGGUGUGAUUGGGGAGCAGCGCGCAGUCGCCCCGUCGGACUACCAGCCGCAGCAGCCGCAGCAGCAGCCGCAGCAGCAGCCGCAGCAGCCGCAACAGCCACAGCAGCAGCAGCAGCACGGCCAGCCAUCACUCUACCAACAUGACAGUCAGCAGCCGUUUAACGAGCUGGACAUUCACCAUCAUCAUCAGCAGCAGCCACAGCAGCAGCAGCCAUCUGUGAGCGAGCAUCAGGCCACCCAGAGCCAGAGCCGGUCCAAGGGCCCGUCCCCCCAGGCGUCCCCGCCACCCCACCAGCCACGGGAGAGGCCCCAGCCCGGAGUGCUCGCCCAGCGGAGGUGGCCCCCCGAGCAGGCGCCAGGCAUGGGGCCUGUCCUGCAGCAGCAGCCGCAGCAGCAGCAGCCGCAGCAGCAGCAGCAGCCGCAGCAACAGCAGCAGCAGCAGCCGCAGCCAUCGGGGCCCGUGGCGAGCCAGAGAGGCCCCACCGCUGAGCCCCUGCCGAGCCCCCAGGCCCGGCGGCACGGUCCCUCCGUGCAGCCGUCUCCUCCCCCACAGCAGAGGGCCCCCGGGGAGCGGUCCCGCGGACCCCCUCCACCGCUCCAGCCCAAGCCGGCCGAGCUGGCCGCGAGGCCCGACCGGGGCCCGCCCGCUGCGGGAACGCCGGAGAGGAUCCCGCCCAGAGGCCCGCCGGGCCAGCCCCGCCCCGCGGACGGCGGCGGGGAGGCCCAGGGUAGGCCGCGUCUGCCUCCGAAGCCCAGCGAGCUGGCCGCUCAGCCACCGUCGCCUCGGCCGCAGCAGAAGGCCGGCGGCUACGCAGUGCCGCAGCAGCAGCAGCAGCAGCAGCAGCAGCAGCAGGGGUCUCCACAGCUGCAGCAGAGGCCGGUGUCGACCCAACAGCCGCAAGGACCCUCCUCCUCCCCAGUGCCCGCACAGCGGCCACGCAACCCGUCGGUGUCUCCCGACCACCAGAGGGGCCCCGCUGGGAGAGCCCCGGCUGCGGCACAGAGGGCCGCUUCCGUGGCCCAGGCGCCCGCACCGUCGGCACCCACGCAGCAGCAGCCGCAGCAGCAGCAGCAACAGCAGCUGCAGCAGCCGCAGCCGCAGCAGCAGCAGCAGCAACAGCAGCCGCAGCAGCCGCAGCAGCCGCAGCAGCCGCAGCAGCCGCAGCAGCAGCCGCAAGAAUCGGCGCCCCAACCGCUCGGCUCAUCUGGCGACCCCCAGCCGGGCCAGGAGCAGACCGAGAACUGGCCUCCCAUUCGCAACAUCCGCAAGUCCUUCGCUUCCUUCUUCCUCGACUGAAGCAUGCGACCGCACGACACGGCCACACUACCGCACGCACGCACCGCACGCACCGACACAGCCACGCACGCCGCGCCACACGUGUCUAAACCCCCAUUGCACCGGCCCCACCCAGGUUCCGUCUCACCACCUC